AUGUCCGGUCAAAAGCUCCCUAUAUACCCGUUGCCGGAACGGGAAAUUGUGGUCGUCGAGCAGACCUCGGCGCUAGAGGAGCACAUCGGCGUUGCGCGGAGACAUGUGCAGGCGCUGUACGCUGACGCCUAUGGCCAGGUGCAUGGCGUAGUGUCGCGCUGGAUUGAGGUUGAGCAUUCUAUCGAGCGACGCAUAAAAGCAUUGCACGCGCCCGGUGAACAACUCAACCCCGGCCUACUGUACAUCGGUGUUGCCGCCCUUUCUGGCUCUGUCCUGGCUCGCGGUCGCAACAUCGUCAUCCGCACGCUCCUCCCGCCCACUCUCUUCGUUGCCGCUUCUUCGCACUUCCUCCCUCAAACGACGUCCAACGUCCGCGCCUACUUCGCCGAGCUCGAGGAGAAACAUGCUCCCGGCCUCGCCGACGUACAUAAUACUGCCAUUGCGCACUCGCAAAUGACGUGGGCGAGGGCUGUGGAUGCUAUCAGCAAUGGACGGAGGGUGACGGUCGAGAAGACUGAGGGGGUUGUGAAGAAGGUCGAGGAGACCACGGGCUUGAAGCUGGGCCAAGUGCUUGGCGGUGGAAAGGCCGCGGCGAAGAAAGCUGAGGUCAUCGUCGCGCAGAAGGUCGAGGAGUUGGCGGAGGCGACCAAGGGGAAGGCUGAAGCUGUCAAGGCUGAGGCCGAGCCGCAGGUCAAGGAGGCGGAGAAGGUCGUCAAGGCUGAGGAACCGGUCGUGACGAAGGGGGAUGCGCCGGCACCGGCACCGGUCAAGGAUGACGAGCUUGUGAAGGAGGUCAAGCGCUUGGUAUAG